AAUCGUUGCAGUAUAUGCGAUUGCACUCACGAUCUUAUUGAGACACUCAGUUCGUUCUUUCGAUCACUCACAGGCAGUGCAUUCCGAAACGCUGCGACUGUCUGACCUAGUAGCAGUCAAAUGAGCCAGGCCACUACACAAGGGAGAUUGGCUGCCCUGCAGCGCCAUCUUGGAGCCAUCCAAUUUUCAGAGGAUUCAGGUGUGGAAAUUGCGACCACUAAGGCUGUCAGCAAGGAGCAGAGGCCCGCACCUGGUGGAGGACCUGGAUCUCUGACCAUAAUCGACAAUAGAACCGGCAAGAAGUACGAUAUAAAGAUCGAUGAGUUUGGCACCAUCCCUGCCAACAGCUUAAAAAAGAUCAAGGCUGGCGGAGACGGUGUCGGCCUGCGCACAUACGAUCCGGGCUAUGUGAACACUUCAGCCGUGAAGUCUGCCAUCUCCUUCAUUGACGGCGACAAAGGCAUCUUGCGGUAUCGGGGUUACCCCAUCGAGCAGCUGGCAGACAAGUCCCACUUCACAGAGGUGGCGUAUUUGCUGGUCUACGGCGAGCUCCCAGACGCGCGCGAGCUGGCGCGCUGGGACGAGGCGCUGAUGCGGCACAGCGCGGUCCCCGACGCGGUCGAGCGCGCCGUAGCGGCCCUGCCGCACGACGCGCACUUCAUGGGCAUUGUGCUGACGGCGCUCAACGCGCUGAGCACGGUGCACCCGGAGCAGAACCCCGCGCUGGCCGGCCAGAACAUCUAUCUCUCCAAGGAGAUCCAGGACAAGCAGAUCGUGCGCCUCAUCGGCAAGAUGCCGGCGAUUGCGGCGCUGGCGUACCACCGGGCGAGCGGCCGCAACGUGAGCGCGCCCAACCAGCGCCUCAGCUAUGCCGAGAACUUCCUCUACAUGCUUGAUGCGGCUAGCAAGCCCGGGUACAAGCCGAACCCGCGGCUAGCCCGCGCGCUGGAUAUUAUGUUCACGCUGCACGCUGAGCACGAAAUGAACUGCUCCACUGCCGCGGCGCGCCACCUCGCCUCCUCCGGCGUCGACGUCUACACCGCCAUCGCCGGCGCGGUGGGGGCGCUGUAUGGGCCGCUGCACGGGGGCGCGAAUGAGGCGGUGCUGCGAAUGCUGGAGCGCAUCGGCAGCGUGGACCGCAUCGACGCAUUCCUCGAGGGCGUCAAGGCCAAGAAGGAGAAGAUGUUCGGCUUCGGCCACAGGGUGUACAAGAACUUUGACCCGCGCGCGAAGAUAAUUCGCGAGGUGGCGGAGGAGGUGUUUGAGAUCCAGGGGCGCGACCCGUUGAUCGACGUGGCCGUGGAACUUGAGAAGCGUGCGCGAUCCGACGACUACUUUGUCUCGCGCAACCUCUACCCCAACGUCGACUUCUACUCCGGGCUGGUGUACCGCGCGAUGGGGUUCCCUCCGCAGUUCUUCACGGUCCUAUUUGCGCUGCCGCGCGUGACGGGCUACCUGGCACACUGGCGCGAGCAGCUCACCGACCCCGACGUCAAAAUCGCGCGACCCCAGCAGAACUACACGGGGGUGUGGCUGCGGGACUAUGCGCCGAUGCCGCAGCGGCAGCCGCUGACGGAGCUUAAGGAGACGCUCGGCGCUGUGCCGCCCUCCAACGCAUACCGCCGCCGCGUGGCCGGCGUCAACUGGGCCUAG